AUGCAUCCUAUUCACUUUGCCUACAAGAGUCUCAGCGAACCAAAACGAAGGCGCCACAUCACAGAGUUAAAAGCGCUCGCCGUUGAUGAUUUAUCACCAAUUCUUCGCAAGUUUAUUCAAGAGCAACAGUGUAUCGACAAGGGUGCUGAGAUGACCCUUCAAGUUGCAGAAGUAUGGCUUAGAAAAACAGUAUGUGAAAUUGAAAGCAAAUGCGUCAGAAGCAAAGCAAAGUGCUUGUAUAGUCCUGUGAGAACUUGUAAGAGCGCUAAUGAAAUAGUUACCGAUACAGCGAUUUCUCAUAUUUCUAAGAUAAGUCAUAAAUGCUGCGAUAGCCAAGAAAUGGCAAAAGCCAAUUGUAAUGCUAAUGUAAUUGUAAUGCUGUAA